CGGGUGGGGAAAAAAACAGUUGCUUGCACGAUCUUUAAGCAAUUAAACCCACCUUUCUGUGACCUUACACAGCAAAGCUUAAACCUUUCUUUGAUUUCCUUCAUCUUUUGUUGCCUUAGCUUUCUGGUUAAGCAGAGAGUUCAUUCAUUAGCCAUAAUAUAUAAAGGACUAUCUGGUUUCUUAACUUCGAUUUGCUUCUACAUAUUCGAUGGCUGCGGAGAGUAUCAGUUCACCAGUGACACUAGAUAUUUCUGGGUCAGAUGGGGGCAAUUCGAGAAGAUCCUUGGCGGGAGCAGAUUCAGUGAGAAGCAGAGAGAAAAUACUUCCUCGUUAUCUGAGAGCUUCUACCGGUUCGUGUCAUGAUUUCUGCAAAUAUGGAAAGAAACAUGAAUCUGAAGAGAAUGCUAAACUUCCCUUCCGGAAGAGGAAUAUGAAAAAGCCAUCAAAUGAGUCAAAUUUAGUUCGGAGCUUAGACUUACAGGAGAGGAAGAAGACAACCGGAACUGAAUUCAAAUAUUUCCCCAAUUCCCGAUCUCGUACCCCUGAUUCGUCGGAGGCGGUUGAGUUUCAGCUGUCACCCUACUCUCCUGAUAGAAAUAAUUCUUCAAUUAAUGGUGUUCGGUCUGAUAAAGAAAAGACAUCAGCAGCAAAGCCUAAGUCCAAACAUUCACGCAUUUCCAGUAGUCCCCAUGACACCUCCAAUGUCCUCAAGUUUGAAGUGUCAACAACUACUUCGGACAGGCAAACUUCUAGAAAACAUGAAAUACUAUCAAAGGGAAAAAAGACAUCAAUGGCAAAGCCCAAAUCUUUACCCAAUUUGAAAUUGCAUUUAUCCGAUGCCCCGAAAGUCAUGCUGAAGGGUGGAUCACCAUCUUCUAAGAAACUAGGAGUCUCUUCAAAAGAAGGCUCGUUGGAAGUUAAAGAGAAAAGCUUUUCUAAAUCACGUAAUGCUUCUUCGAAACUGAAAUCUCAUGCAGAAAAGCUUCCUUUAGCUUCUGUCCCGUCAGAAGGUUUAAGUGUUAAGAGGAGCAAUGGAAUUAGUGAUAUGAAGAUGGGGAAAAGGACCAAUACUGCAAAAGUUUCUGUAAAAAAAGCAUUGUCAUCUCCGAGAGCCUCAUUGUCUCUGAUAGCUAGGCCCCUAACUGCAAGAAAGAACCAGAACCUAAAAGUGGUGCCUCUACAGAAGAAUCAGAACAAGGUUGAAGAGGCUGAAACUGAACAACCUCUCGAUGUACAUGAAGUACGCAAUAGCGACUCACUUGAAGAGAAAACCUUGUAUGUUAUCAAGAUGGAGACGGAAAAUAUAUUGUUGGAAUCUGAUAAAAAUGAAAAUUGUGUUGCCGAAUUGUCUCCACCUAUUGCUUCGUCUCCCAAGUCUAAAACUCUCCCAAUGUCUCCACCUUUGUCAUCACACGGAGCAGGAGAUGAAAAUGAGUUUGAGUAUACAGAGGAUAGCUCCAACUCUGAAUAUUAUGAAGAUGAUGAGGAUGUUGAAGAUGAAACUGCAAAUGCGGAAGAAGUGGAAAUUUUGGAGGGAGAAAAUAGAGGAAGGCCCAGAAAUUCUAGGAUGGUAUGUUCUGAUGAAAAGGAUUGCCGACCCAUGAAAUUAUCUUUUAGGAGAGGCAAGGUUGUUGACAUUCAAUCCGAGAAUAAUGGUGCAAGGAGGCUCAAGUUCAGGAGAGGAAGACUACUUGCGGGGAACCAAAAUGUUAAGGGCGAGCGGAGAACCUUUAGAACAAGAGAACAUGAAGGUUCCGUGGAUGACAACCAACCUGGUGGGGAAAAAGUUGUUUUGAGACACCAAGAUUUGCAGCAGGGGAAGAAAGACGAAAAGGGUUUGUUUAACAACGUCAUUGAGGAAACUGCUAGUAAACUGGUCGAAACCCGGAAAAGUAAGGUUAAGGCCUUGGUUGGUGCGUUUGAAACUGUCAUCUCCCUCCAAGACGCCAAACUGUCGGCAAACACUUGAGCUGCGGCCAACCGUCUCUGGUAACAGUUUGUUCAUAAGAAAGUGGUAGGAGAAUGAAGCUAAACUUUGGAGACUUAACUAUGUGCUUUACACAGCUGUGGCAAUUUAAAAGUAGAUUUCAGCUUUUCGAAUUCGAGAUCCCUGAUAUUGACAUGCUUCACAUACAGUGGUGCAAAGGGUACGUUUUUAGUCUUUGGGAGUUAUACUAUGAUUGAUUUUCCAUCAUGUGAACAAGUCAAAUAUACUCAUGAUAGGUUACUUUUAGGUGAUAAUGAGCAUGCCAUGCCUGCCUGCCUGCCUGGUAACUGCAAUUUAUUUGUUUUCUAAUGGCUCAUUUGGUGUGUUUUUCUCUUCUAAAUGUCAUGAUUCUGUUUUCCCUGGUUUAUU